AUGGGGAAACUCUACGGGAAUGACUUCAGCCAGACCACGAUUUCUCGCUUUGAAGCUCUCAACCUGAGUUUCAAGAACAUGUGUAAGCUAAAACCGCUCCUGGAGAAGUGGUUGAGUGAUGCAGAAUCCUCCCCCUUGGACUCGUCCGUCAGCAGUCCGAGUUCCUACCCCUCCGUAAGCGAGAUGUUUGGGCGCAAGAGGAAAAAACGAACCAGCAUCGAGACCAACAUCCGCUCCACGCUCGAGAAACGGUUCCAAGACAACCCCAAGCCCAGCUCAGAGGAGAUAGCCCUGAUUGCAGAACAGCUGGCCAUGGAAAAGGAAGUGGUGCGCGUUUGGUUCUGCAACCGAAGGCAGAAGGAAAAACGUAUCAGCUGCCCGAUGCCCUCUCCCAUAAAGUCACCCCUCUACAACUCCAGACUGGUUUCUACCUCAGGGACUUUGGGUCCCCUUUCUGCCCACGGUUCCAUGCAUGGUGCAGUCUCUUCUUCCUGUUCUCCUGGCCAUGCCAGCCGGUCCUCAUCGCCCGGCGCAGGACUUCACACUAAUAAUCCCAACAUGCCUCAGAGUAACUCUAAAGUAGCCAUCAAUUCAUCCAGUUUCAACUCUUCUGGAUCAUGGUACCGAUGGAACCAGCCUACUUACCUCCAUUAA